AAAACCCUCAUUCAAAAAUUAAGUCCAAAGUCGUUAGUCUCGGUUUAUUUCUCGAAAUGAAAACCUCGUUUGAAUUGAAUAAUCCAUUAUCUUUUCCUCUUGAAAAUUUCGACUUAAAUUGUAAAUAACAUUUCCAUCGAGAGUUUUGAGAAUUGAAAUUUACCCUGAAAGAGUUUCUAUAUUUUUGUACCACAAAUUGGCUACCAAAUUGUUGUCAUUGUUUGUCAUUUUCUAUUUUGAUUCAAACGCAUUACAAUAAAUGCAAAAACCUCAUAUGUACCUCCACUUAUUGUCGAUUGAAAACUGAAGGCUUAUAAAUUCGAACUUUUAUUUUUCUGCUGUUGUUGUUAUUGUGGAAUUAUUUUCGUUCAAUUCAUUUUUAAACUUCAAAGUCAAGAGAAAUUGCUAAAAAUAAUAUUCAUCGUAGGUACGUUAUUCAAGGUAGCUUAAAAAAGUUUUCGUUCGUUUUCGUCCAACGAUAGCAAUCAAGUCUAUAGUGUCGUCCAUCAGCAACCCUUUGACUUCGUUUAUACGAGCGGAAUGGAUUUUAUUUUCGAUUGCUUUUUCGAGGACACAUUUGAAAAAAUUACUCGCAGUGGACUUCAGGAUCGCAGUUCUAGACGUGAUGUCCUGGAUCACUUGAAUGCCGUAAUUGGAGGAUGUAGUGAUGGACAAAAUGUUCAUACAGAAGAAGUUGCUCGAAUGGCAGUUCUGUCAGCAGUCAAAUAUCAUCGCGAUAAAAUGGAUGCUAAUGGAGAUGUUUGUCUGAUGGGGAAAUACCACAAUAUUUUGUAUAUUGCCUUGAGAACGUGCUGGGAAUGGGGUGUACGAGACUCUGCUGUUGUGGUUGUUCUUUUGGAGGAAAUUUAUACUUGCGAAAAAACAUUUGAGCGCAUAUUUUUGGGUGCAUUAUUUGGAACGCACGCUCCACAUUUUAUUGCAGGUUGGCGAAGUGAUUUCCGCGAUCAGGAUGAAAACACCAGAGCCAUGGUCUAUUUUCUCCAUCACGCUACGAGUCUAGGACUUCAGUUGCCAGUUUUAUUAGCUCAUUUCGAAAAGGAAACUAUGGUGAGGUUUAUUGAUAUUCCAAUAGAGUCAUGUGGUAAGGCAUCACCAUUACGUGUAGCACUACAAGCAAGUGCUCCUGACCUUUUGCUUAUACUACUAAGGUACGGAGCAGAACCAAAUCCACCAGACGGUGGCUCGUCAGCUGUACAUGCACUCAUGGACAAACUCAUAGAACGUGACCAGCACUAUAUGUACCAGGACGUUUCCUGUUUGAAUAUCCUCCUACGGAAUUUAACCCUCAUUGAGAUGCCUUGCGAGAAGGGCAUGUUCUAUCUUCAGAAGGAGAGAUUCCUGGAAAAAUACGGAGCAUUGCUUUUGGAUAAAAUAAUACCAAAGGAGCAGGUUUUCGGGAUAAUGCCACUCAAACAUUUAUGUCGAUGCCGCAUCCGUGAUCUAUUACGUGCAACAAAUCAGCUACCCGAUGGCAUUGAUACACUUCGUCUACCAAGGAAGCUUCAACGUUAUAUUGAUUUAAUGGAGGAAUAGGAUUGAAAUAGUUAGUUAUGGUAGUGGAGGGUGUGAUGGUGGAUAGUGUCAUUUUAAUAACUUUUAAAACUUUAAAGUUUUUAAUAAGAAAAGAAAAAAGUUCUUAAAAUGAUGUUGAAGGUAUUUGUUUCGAUUUUAUCUAAGAUUCAAGGAUUGGGGCGACACCUGUUGUUUCUGUGCGACUUGUAAGGUUAACAGUGUUGCCAAAUAGACAAUAUCGAGGCACACGAUUGCCUAUAACUCCUGUUACCACUUCUCCUGAGUGAAUUCCGAUUGUUAUUUGCUGUUGA